UUAAAUUCUUAAAAAAACAAUAACAAGGCAUAUCAUUAUACAUAUUGUGUGUAUAUAUCUUUUUUUAUAAGACAAAACCUAUGAACAAUAUAUUUUUUAUAAAAACAGCUGCUUUUUAAUUAUACUCCCACGUGAAAUAAAUAAGAAGAAACAUUAAUUUUGCUCUCAAUUUCAAAAGAGCACUGAAACAUUGAUCUACAAAUUUAAGAUCGCAGAAGAAAAAGAAACGAAAAAAUGAAAACACAAGAACUCCCGCAACAUGUCAAUAAUGACAGUUCUUGCAACAGCAGAGGAAGUAAUAGCAACUACAUGGCCUCAAACAAAACUACAAACGCCGGAGAAGGUGAAGAGGCAAAAGAACUGAUAAAUUAUAGCUCGAGCAGUACCGAGGGUUCAACUGCAUCGGCCGAUUCCACAACAGCGCCUCAGUUUGUGUUUCGCUUGACAACAACAACAAAUAUUAUCGCCCAACCACCACUACUACUUCCACAAACGCCGCUAAAUAAUCAUAAUCAUGCCAACAAUGAUAAUCGCUGCUAUAUUUAAGAAUCUGAUAUAGUUCCGUUUACACUUGUUCUGGAACCAGUUUUUUAUAAACAAAUUCAAAAAUGUUUCAUGGGUGAAUUCCAAGAUUAACA